CAUUAUAACCCAUUUAUCUCCCAGCUUUCUUGACACUUGACAGACACCUCCUCUUCACAAAGUAAUUUAGACAUGGCAACCUCUGCAAUCCAACACUCUGCAUUUGCUGGGCAGACCGCUCUGAAGCAAUCAAAUGAGCUCGUUCGCAAGGUUGGCUCCUUCGACGGCGGUCGCUUUUCCAUGCGCAGAACUGUCAAGAGUGCUCCACCAAGCAUAUGGUAUGGUCCAGACCGCCCAAAAUAUUUGGGUCCAUUCUCUGAGCAAACUCCCUCAUACCUUACUGGUGAAUUCCCCGGUGAUUAUGGAUGGGACACUGCUGGUUUGUCUGCAGAUCCAGAGACAUUUGCCAAGAACCGUGAGCUUGAGGUGAUCCACUGCAGAUGGGCUAUGCUUGGUGCACUUGGCUGCGUCUUCCCCGAAAUCCUAUCCAAGAAUGGUGUCAAAUUUGGCGAGGCAGUCUGGUUCAAAGCUGGAGCCCAAAUCUUUUCAGAAGGCGGUCUUGAUUAUCUUGGCAACCCUAACCUUAUCCACGCUCAGAGCAUCCUUGCAAUCUGGGCAGUUCAGGUUGUGCUAAUGGGAUUUGUUGAAGGCUAUAGAGUUGGUGGAGGACCACUCGGUGAAGGACUUGACCCCAUUUACCCUGGUGGUGCCUUUGACCCUCUGGGGUUAGCUGAUGAUCCUGAUGCAUUUGCAGAAUUGAAGGUGAAAGAGAUUAAGAACGGACGCUUGGCAAUGUUUUCCAUGUUUGGGUUCUUUGUUCAGGCUAUUGUAACUGGAAAGGGACCAAUUGAGAACCUCUUUGAUCACUUGGCUGAUCCAGUGGCCAACAAUGCAUGGGCUUAUGCCACUAACUUUGUUCCUGGAAAUAAAUACAAAACGACCCAAAUCUUUUCAGAAGGUGGUCUUGAUUAUCUUGGCAAUCCUAACCUUAUCCAUGCUCAGAGUAUCCUUGCAAUCUGGGCUGUUCAGGUCGUGCUAAUGGGAUUUGUUGAAGGCUAUAGAGUUGGUGGAGGACCACUUGGGGAAGGACUUGACCCUAUUUACCCUGGUGGUGCAUUUGAUCCUCUGGGACUAGCUGAUGAUCCUGAUGCAUUUGCAGAAUUGAAGGUGAAAGAGAUCAAGAAUGGACGCUUGGCAAUGUUUUCUAUGUUUGGAUUCUUCGUUCAAGCUAUUGUGACUGGAAAGGGACCUAUUGAGAACCUCUUUGAUCACUUGGCUGAUCCAGUGGCCAACAAUGCAUGGGCAUAUGCUACUAACUUUGUUCCUGGAAAAUGAAGGGAGAAUCAAGUUCAACAUCUCAGUACCAGUAUUUUAAAUUUCUGGAAAUGUUCUUGUAGUGGACGUCGUCAUUACUCUACUUGUGUUUUAGUAGUGAAAACAUUGUAUCAACAGAACAUGAGAUCAGAAUUCUCAUGCCUGACCUCUGUAUUUGAAAGGAAUUAAUGUGUCAAUAAUAUAACCAAGUUCCAAA